AUGAAGUUCUCUACUCUGUUUGUUGCUUCCCUGGUGGGCCUUGCUUCGGCCGCGCCGAUGCAGAAGCGUACGAAUGACUGCUCCGACUCCAGCUGCUCCAGCUCGUCGUCGUCCGGCUACGACUCUUCUUCCAAGUCUAGCGACUCGUCCAGCUACGGCUCGUCGUCCAACUCGGGCUACGACUCCUCUUCCAAGUCGAGCUCGAGCUACGACUCGUCGUCGUCGUCCAACUACGGCUCUUCCGGCUCCGGCUACGACUCUUCUUCCAAGUCGUCCUCUUCUUCCGACUGCGGCUCGUCCGGCUGCGACUCGAAGAACCAGAGCACGUCCACCUCCAUGAUGUCUGAGAGCACCUCGACCAUGAUGGCCGAGAGCACCUCCACGAUGAUGAUGUCCGAGACCACGACGACCGCGGCCGCCGCUUACACUUCCUCGUCGUCCUCGUCGUCGUACAACUACCCCUCGUACGGCUCUGGCUCGUCCUCUUACGGCUCGAGCAGCAGCUACGACAGCUGUGUGCAGCAGUGCGUCUCCCAGUACGGCGCGCCGUCUUCCAUGUCGAUGCCCUCGUCGUCGAGCUCGUACGGCUCGUCCUCGAGCGACUCGAGCUCCAGCAACUCGUCGUCCUCCGACUCGGGCUCGUCCGGCUCAGGCGCCACCCACACCGUCAUCGUCGCACCGACGCAGGGUGUCCUCCGCUACGUUCCCUUCGCCGUGAACGCGUCCGUCGGUGACACCGUCAAGUUCGUCUGGAUGGCAGGCCCGCACACCGUCACCAAGAGCUCCGAGCUCGAGCUGUGCAACAAGACCGAUGACGCACCCUUCGCCUCCGGUGUCCAGAACGCGAGCUUCGUCUUCGAGCAGGUUGUCAACAACACCGACCCGACGUUCUUCUACUGUGGUGUCCCCAACCAUUGCCAGAAGGGCAUGUUCGGUAUCAUCAACCCGCCCAACGCCUUCGUCGCACCCACCUCGGUCAACAGCAUGAUGCCCGCCAUCGCUGCCAACAACUCGGGUACCGCCGCCGCCAUGUCUGCCAACGCUGCCAUCUCCGGCCCGGCCUCGAACUGGGGUGCCUCGAUCGACCUUGCCAAGAUGCCCGACUGGGCGAUGGGUCCCAUGGCUGACAACGUCCUUUACACUCGCUCGUUCAUGGCCGCCAACUCUGAGGCCAUCGGCGAUGACGGUCAGCUCGACUUCUCGCGCCUCGCCGCUGGCAGCAUGAUGGUCCCGCCUGACGUUUCGCUCGCUGCGUCGAGUGCCGCGCCCGCCAACGGUGCUGCCGCUGCUGGCUCCGCGAGCGCGUCGGCCGCCGGCUCUGCUGCCACGCCCUCGUCCACUGCUGCCAGCGGCAACCUUGCCACCGGUGGUGCCGGUGCGCUCGCGUCGCCCCGCGUCGGUGUUGCGAUCGUCGCCAUCGCCGCGGCGUUCUUCGCGCUCUAA